AUGAUCGAAAGCAAAGAUCCUAUGAAAUCCACGUGGCGCCUUGGCGACAGGCGACUCUGGAGAUAUUACCAUUGGAUCAUCGAGAAGCUUGGUUUGCAACAUGUCAACCUCAACCAAGAAGUGCCGGUACACCAAAAGGGGGAUCCAGUGCCAUACGUUCCCCAUUGGCAAUUUCACCGAUGGAUACUCGUGCACGCUUGUGUGCCACUCAUUCUUCACCAAACCUUCGUGUCAUACACGGGAUUCCGACUUCACCCGGUGGCUGCGUUCGUCUUUUACAGCGCAGCCAUCAAAUUCAUCGCCAUCCACCAGAUCAACAUCAUGCGAGAUCUCGGACACUUGCACGGCUUCCUCGAUGGCGACAAGCACGAACGCGAUGGUGUACCCGACACCAGCGUGAAGAAGGUGCUGCAUUCACUGAUCUCCACGGCAACCUUCCGGUCGAUGCUCGCAGUUAUGCUAGCCUAUCGAAGCUCCGAGGCACCAAGCUCGAUCAAUUGGAUGUUGGCGCCCCUCGAAGUCGGCCUCUACGGGGUUGUGCUGGACUUCUGGUUCUAUUGGUACCAUAGACUCAUGCACGAAGUCGACUUCUUGUGGAAGUACCACCGCACCCACCAUCUGACCAAGCACCCAAACCCUCUUCUUACCUUGUUUGCGGACACCGAACAAGAGAUUUGGGAUAUUGCCGGCAUCCCGAUCUUAACAUACGCCACGUUGAAGCUUUUCGGAUUUCCCAUGGGUUUCUAUGAAUGGUGGCUUUGCCAGCAGUACGUUAUCUUCACCGAGCUUAGCGGACAUAGUGGUCUUCGCAUUUACGCUACGACACCGACGCCAUUUGCAUGGCCUCUGAGACUUUUCAACUGUGAUCUUGUCUUGGAAGAUCACGAUUUACACCACCGAAAAGGAUGGAAGAAGAGUGGCAACUAUGGCAAGCACACCCGCUUGUGGGACCGUAUUUUCGGAACAUGCAUGGAACGACUGGAAUGUCCUGACGACAAGAUUGACUAUGUCAAUACCGUGGUGUAUCCGCUUAUACGCGGAUGA